AUGGGUAAAGCCUCCAGAUGGUUCCGCAGCGUCCUCGGCCUCAAAAAGCCCGAUAAGCCCCCCACCACCACCUCAUCCUCCCCCAAACCGCCCCCCACCAAACGCCGAUGGAGCUUCGUCAAGUCCUACCGAGAAAAAGACCACCGCAACGACACAACCACCGACCAGCAGUCUUCCACAAACGACGUCGUUGAUCCUAACAAGCACGCGAUCGCCGUAGCGGCCGCGACAGCUGCAGUAGCCGAAGCCGCAGUUGCUGCGGCACAAGCCGCCGCCGCUGUCGUCCGCCUCACCAGCAGCGGACGCUGCCCCAACAACAGCAACAACAACAACAACGUUGCCGGAGGAAGCAUUGGGAUUCGUGAAGAGUGGGCGGCUGUGAGAAUCCAAGCGGCGUUCCGUGGCUGUUUGGCAAGGAGAGCGUUGCGUGCAUUGAAAGGACUGGUGAGGCUUCAAGCACUGGUUAGAGGUCACAUUGAGAGGAAGAAGUGGGCUAAGCGGUUGCAGCGGUUUCAAGCAAUACUGCGAGCUCAGGCCAGAGCUCGAGCAGGGCGGACCCAGAUAUCAGAGCUUUCACAUUCAUAUACAAGUUCCCAGUCUUCUCAGAUUCACCAACCUGGUCCUGCAACCCCAGAAAAAUUUGAACAUGGACUUCGAUCCAGGAGUACUAAACAUGAACAUUCAUCAAUACUGCGGAGAAAUAGCUCAAGAUCAAAUGGUAGGAUUGUUGGUGAUUAUGACAAAACUCACUCGGAACGAUCAUGGGAGCAACCAGGGUCUGCAAUGAAAAAUGGUACUCCUGAGGAUGAGAAGAACGAUAGGGUCCUUGAAAUCGAUACUGGGAAAUCACACAUUGCAGCUAAGCGGAGGAACCUCUUCCACUCUACUCAUCUUGCUUUGGCUUCAGACCAAUACAGCCAUAGCUUCACUACAUCAAAGGACUCAACAACUCAUCAGACUCUUCCAAGUCCGUCUUCUUGUGAAGUCCAAUCUUUAACCCCAUUGAAAUUCUCUAGAGAGGUCGAGGAAGACUCAUUCUGCACCGCUAACAAUAGCCCACAGUUUUAUUCUGCUACUUCAUCAAGGGGUGGUAAUUCAAAGCGGACUCCUUUUACUCCCACAAAGAGCGAUGGCUCAAAAAAUUACCUAAGUGGGUACUCAGAUUACCCGAACUAUAUGGCAUGCACUCAAUCUUCAAAGGCUAAGCUGAGGUCACUUAGCGCUCCGAAACAGAGGCCUCAGUAUGAGAGGUCUAUUUCAGCAAAGAGGUGCUCUGUUCCUGGCUACAGCGAAUCAAGAUCAAAUGCACAAAGGAGUUCAGCCUUGCAUUCAAACUUCACAAAUAAAGCCUACCCAGGAUCUGGCCGCUUGGACAGGCUUGGCAUGCCUAUAGGUUACAGAUACUAAUAUGCUGCUGUUGGACACUAGUAUCUGGUGAUUCCAUUGUAGUUUUGAUUGUAAUCUAGCUAACUGAUGUAUUUAAGUACUUUAUGUUACAGGUAGCAAUGUUUAAGUGAACUCUAGUAGUGAUAGAGCAUAUAUUUGUAGUCUCAGGUUUAGAGCUCAAAGGAUUCCAUCUUAGAAAUGU